AUUAAGAACCCACAUGAGAUUUCUGAUUGUUCUUGGCUGAGAUCUAUUUUUGUUGAACAGGCAGAGUUAUCUUUUAUUGUUGCACAACCACUCAAAUGUUUUUGAAACUCAGCAAUUACACAACACUUUGUAAUGUAUUGUACAUUGCAGUUUGCUCACCAUAGAAUUCCAGAUGACUUAAUAAUAUAAUCACCCACAGUUCAUUUUGUCAGUUCUGUAGGAUAGAUCCGUUGAAGUCCGUCAUGUUCAUUCUACUACAUACAGGAUUAGAAGAAAACUCUGUUCAAACAGCAAAGAAUUGCACGCCCCAGACACUCUGAGCACAGUUCUGCCCCCUAGAAAUAGUUUGAGACAAAACCUAGUUUUGUGAUUAGAAAAUCAUUGAAGUUCAGAGCCAAUCGUUAUUUACUUGUUGACUGUUUUUUAAGGGAAGAUGCAACAGUGGCCAAUAAAGGAGUGAAGGCUAGCUCCGGUCAUGUGACUGGAUGUUAGUCAAUCACGUAAGUGGAUCAAGGAAAUAGUUUCAGUUUCUUAUCAGCUUUCCUAUGUACCAGACACUUACUGCCACAAGAAGAUAAUGGUUUUGAAAUAAUGUCAUCUUGUAGCUGAUUAGAAGAAACAACCAUUUAACGACUUUACCAGUUUUCCUACCUAAUACACACUUUUCUCCAGCUACUAUAUGCAAGAAGUUGUAUGACAGUCUUGCCUGCAGGGAUUCUCUUCACUGAAAAAGACUAAGAAAAAAAGCUCUUCUUUCAGAAGAAUUCCAUUAUGGGGAAAAAAAGGGCUAAAGUUAAAAACCUUGAGAAGCUUGAACGACCAAAUCUGUCCUCAAAUAUUGAUGAGUGGACAAAAGAACAAGUAAAACAAUGGGUAACUGAAGAACUUAAGAUUGAUCAGAAAUAUGGUGAAAUCUUGGUAAGCCAAGAUGUGACCGGUUCAGCCUUGAAACUGUUUACUCUAAAAGAUCUUAAAGAUAUAGGUAUAACACAUGGCCCAGCACUUCAAAUUAUGGAUGCAUUGAAAUGCAACUUUCUAGUUCAAAGCAGAGCUCAAUUAGUUAGACAAGAAGAUAGUGAAAAGACUCUUGAUAAAAAAUAUUUAACGGAGAAGGAAGAUGGACAAAGUGCAAAGCAAGAUGAAAAGGAUAAAGGAAAAUCAAAGACAGGAGAUACCAGUGAAUCACAAGAACUUAGAGUAUCUGAAUGCACCGAGUCUAUAAAAUCUGUGCUCACAGAUGCAAUAGAAAACAAGGUAGAUGAAGCAAAAGGUAAAUCAGAGAAAUUACUGGAAAAUAACCAGCAUCCAACAAGACAAAACUGUUUACCAUAUCCUUUUGAUGAGUUCCAUGAUAGUCGUCGUUAUAUACAGCACAAUCUUCUUAAUGUCCCUGAAACAGGGCCACUGAAUCUCAUUGAGCCAGCUCAUGAGUUCAAACUGUUAACAAACACAGAGAAUGCAACAGAAGAAGAAAUUAAGAUGAAAUUUAGCAAAGAAACCUUUAGAUUUGCUGCUGCAUGCAUGAAUUCCCGCACCAAUGGUACUAUUCAUUUUGGAGUAAGCAACAAGCCUCACGGAGAAAUUAUAGGAGUAAAACUAACCAAUAAAGAUGAAUUUAUUGAUGAGUUUAACAACAAAAUUGAAAAGUACUUUGAGAAAAGUUUUGUCAGCAUUGCAAAAGCCUGCAUUAGGGAACCCAGAUUUGUGGAAGUAUUAUUGCAAAAUAACACCCCAUCAAAUACAUUUGUCAUAGAAGUAGAUGUAGUUCCAAAACAUUCUAUAUGUGAAGCAACAUUUUUCUAUACUAACAAUUACAAUUUUAAGAGUAAAACUUGUGAACGAUCUUUAUUUGUACGGGAUGGAGCCAGCUCUAAAAAUAUUUAUAAUAAUCCAAAAGAACACGAGUCAUUUAAAUCCAGGAUUACAUUUGUAGCAGAUUGUCGAAAAGAAGCAGAGGAAGAACAGAAAGAAAAACGAAAGAAGAAAGAGAAUGAGGGUCGAAAGCUGAUUAACCUACUUACAGGUAACAAGGACUUGCUGGAUAAUUCCUAUUAUGACUGGUAUAUAUUAGUAACAAACAAGAGUCAUCCAUCUCAAAUACAGCACUUAGACUUUCUGCAGGAAGUAAAAUGGUUUGCUGUUCUGGAGUUUGAUUCUCAGUCAGAAAAUAAUGGGAUGGCCAAAAAAUACAGAGAAAAACGAGGUGCAAACCUUCACUUUCCAAGUCAGUAUCAUAUGAAAGGGAAAGCAGUUCCUGAAAUAAUUGAAGAUCUGAAUCUCUAUUACCAGCCUACCUGGAUUUUCUGCAAUGGCAGAUCAGACCUUAAUGAUGAAAAUUAUCAACCUUUAAAUCCCUGUUUGUGGCAACAAAAGAGGGCUGCUGAAGUCAGGAAAUUAAUUUCGUUUCUUUCAAACCCAGAUGUAUUGCAAAGAGGAAAGUUUCUGGUAGUGUUUCUUUUGCUCUCUGAAGUGGAAGAUCCAGGGGAUCCCCUUAUUGAAACAUUCUGCACAUUUUACCAAGAGCUAGAAGGGCUAGAAGACAUGCUUUGCAUUUGUAUUGGUGCACAAACAUUCCAACUAUGGAAAGAUCUUCUGGAAGCUAGAUUUAUUAAUCCCAAAGACCUUACCGAGAGAUGUGUUGCUAAUUUAAACCUUCCAGCAGUGAAUGGAACAAUUCUUAAAUUGAAGUCUAUGACACAGUCUUCUCAGAGGCUUUUACCAUGUAAAGGCUCUUCUACUGUUCUUCUAAAGAAGGAAGAAGACUUCAUGACAGCAUUAGAAAUACUAUGUGAAAAUGAAUGCGCUGACACAGAUAUAGAGAAAGAUAAAACUCAAUUUUCUGAAUUCAUAAAAUCUCAGGAAGAGAAUUUUUACCGGGGAGGCAAAGUGACAUGGUGGAAUUUUUAUUUCUCUUCUGAAAACUAUUCUUCACCUUUUAUUAAAAGGGACAGUUAUGAAAAACUUGAAGAGCUGAUUCAAUCUUCAUCCCAGUCUUCUACACAAACAUCAACAAAAGUUAUCAACCUUUAUCACUCUCCAGGCUGUGGCGGGACUACCUUAGCUAUGCACGUUCUCUGGGAGUUAAGGAAGAAAUUCAGAUGUGUUGUUCUGAAAAAUAAAACUGUUGAUUUUGCAGAAAUUGCAACACAGUUGACAACUUUAAUCACCUAUGGAGCAACUGACCAAGACGACUACUUGCCAAUAUUACUUCUUGUAGACGAUUUUGAAGAACAAGAAAAUGUCUAUUUUCUGCAGCGUGAAAUUCAAUCAGCUAUAGUAGGAAAAUGCAUUAGAUAUGAAAACCCUCUAGUGAUCAUUAUAAAUUGUAUGAGAUCUCAGAAUCCUGUGGAAAGUUCAAAGAGCAGCCAAUCAGACAGCAUUAAUCUAAAACAUCAACUUUCUUCCAAAGAGCAAAGAGCUUUUGAGAAGAAGCUAGAAGAAAUUAAACAGCAACAUCAGCACCCUGAAGAUUUUUAUUCAUUUAUGAUUAUGAAAGAACAAUUUAAUCCAGAGUAUAUAAAAAAUGUGGUCAAGAAUACACUGAAAGGCUUGGACAUUAGUAGCAAACAAGGACAACUUAUUUCCUUCCUAGCAAUAUUAAACUCUUAUGUUACAGAGUCCACUAUCUCAGUAUCACAAUGUGAAGAUUUCUUAGGAAUAAUUGGCAAAUAUUGGGGCAAAGAAAGUUUAGAAGACAAGAUGGGAAUUUGUUCUAAUAUUCUAAUACAAAGUCAGGUGCAAGACUAUGGAACAUAUAAAGGAGUGCGUAUCACUCACCCAUUGAUUGCUGAUUGUUGUCUAGAAGAAUUUAAUCUAACCUAUGGGUUAACUAAAAGUUCAAUAACACUGCAAUUGUUAAAAGAGAAUUUAUUUUAUGAUUCUGGCUUGGGAAGAAGAAAACUUAUAGAUGAUGUGCAAAGUAUGCUGCUUACCAGACAACGUAAAGAACACGGAGAUGAUGCAGACACGUUGUUUUCCCCAUUAAUUGAAAAAAUACAGAUGGAAGAAGGUAGUGCUGCAGUUGAAAGUGUGUUAUGUGAAGGAGCCCUUCGAUUUAGCCAAAACCCAUUCAUUUGCCAAGCUUUAGCAAGACACUAUUACAUUAUAGACAAGAAUUUUGUCUCUGCUCUGGAGUGGGCCAAUAAAGCCAAAAAAAGAGCCCCUCGCAAUUCAUAUAUAUCAGAUACUUUAGGCCAAGUCUUUAAAAGUCAGAUAAAAAUUUGGGUGGAUGAAAAUGCAAAGAGAAAGGUCAUAACUGCAGAAGACCUGAAACAUUUGCUAGAUCUUGCUAAGUGUGCUUCAGAGGCUUUUAAAGAUUCCCAGGCACAGAAUGAAAGUACAGAAAAUGUAAGAGAAGCUUUGCAACUCCAAAAGUCUAAAAGGAGGUAUGAUACUUAUAAUACAUCUGGCUAUUUGGGGGAGAUAGAAACUGGUCUAUACACUAUAGAUAUUCUUGGCUGUACUCCUCUUUUCAAAAAAAAAAAUACACUGUCCCAGGAAGAUUUGCUACAAUAUUUGUCAGGACAGCAUGGUAUCCUAACAGCAACUGGUGACACUGAAGAUCAAGAAUUUAAGUUUGUACUUGACGAUUAUCGUAAUUAUUUAUCUAAUUUGCGUUCAAGUUUGAAGGAAGCAUUUGAGUUUUUUGAGAACUACUUUGUUCUUCUAAAACCAAGAAAUAUUGAAAAAGAAAAUGUGGAGUUAAAAACACGUAAGAGGGUUCGAGAAUGUUUCAAAAAAUAUGCAGAAAUAUUUUGCCUUUUGAAUCCUGAGAAAUUGGGGGACAAUCUGAUGAGCUCAAAACUCAGUUUGCCUUGGCAGGUGGAGCAUUGCAGGAGAAGUUUGGAGGCUUCCAAAGCAGACAGAUUUCCUGGGCUUUUGGAGUAUCUCAACAGUCAUGAAAAACCUGAAAGCAACAUGGAAGACAUAGUGAAUAAAUAUAAAUUUUUGAUUGAAAAAUGCUCAUAUGGAUUCAAGUUGAAGGAGAAGCAGAACUUCAUUUUGGCAAACAUUAUUCUCAGUUGCAUUAAACCUAAAUCCAAGAAGAUAUGUGCUCUUCAUGAAUUGAAAGAACAGCUUCGAAAAAUGCUACAGCAUGUAGGUCUAGAGCAUCGAUUUGCAGCACCUUACUUCUUAGCCUCUCUAUUGUUCUGGCCAGAGAAGGAAAAACAAUUAGAUGAGGAUUCCAGACAAAUGGAAAGGUAUGUCACAGCACUGAAGAAGUCUUUUAGAGGGCAAUACAAACAAAUAUGUCGUUACAGGCAAACUAUUGCUCAUUUCUACCUUGGGCGUCGUGAAGGUCUGAAUAGACUUGUCCACAAAGGAAAAAUAGAUCAGUUUUUCAGUAAGCGCCAAGGACAAGACUUGCAUUCCUGGUGGCAAAAAGGGUGCAUAUGGGAAGAAAAGGCUGUCCAAAAUCUAUUACUUCGUCUAAAUGGCAAGGUCACUGAUGAUUUUGUUUUUGUGGACUAUGGAAUUGAUGAAAAAAUCAGUAUACCAGUGCGACCUGCUUUCUUAGGCCAGGUCAGAAGUGGUAAAUGCAUAGAAAGAGGGUCUUUCUAUCUGGGAUUUUCCAUGGAUGGUCCAAUAGCAUAUGACAUUCAAAUGAGAGUUUGAAUAAUUGAAGUAUUAUAUGUUCUAUUUCUACAUCCAGUGAGCAUUUUAGAUACUUCUUUAUUUGCAGCUUCAGAAGGGAGCAUCUGAGUUCCUUCCCUUUUGCAUUCCUCCAGGCUCUUGACACCUAGUGCCGAACUCUCUAAUUUGUCUCCUAUUUUUCCAGAUAUGAGCAUUGUUGGUCUGACAGGCAGACAUGCUAAUGCAAAGCAAGACUCUUGAAUGUCUGGUAUAGAUGUAGGCAGGGUCUGAACGACUGCUCGCAUGCAGCCAGCUGCAAGGGGAGAGCAGCCUUGGGUGUGGUUAUACUUACUCAAUUGUUUAGCUCUGCAAGAUAAUUAACUGUUGGUAUGUAAAUACAGCUCAUGCUGGAAUGGGGAAGGAAUCCUGGGUGUGGUUAUAUAAAUCCAGUUCUGCCAAUGCUAUAGGUCUGAUGGAUGGUCAAUUGUUGGAAUGGAAUGUGGUGUAUUAUAACUAAUUUGGCUGUUGUGGGGUCACAAACCAGGCUACUCCUAAACAUAGGAACUGUAAAAUAUGACACCAGUGCUUGCAGGAGAAACACUGUCAUUGUAAAGGGUCUCAGAUGAACAAGCCUACCCUUUCCAGAUUUGAGUGGACGGAGUUGGGGGGAAGAGACUGAGCCAGCCAGCCAGCUACAUGCCCACCAGGCAUGAGCUGUAAGACUGGUUCAACCUGUCUCCUUUCCCCGCUGUUCUAAGGAUAGACCUAAAGCAGACUCCAUAAGAAGUCUCUUUGUUA